GAAAGGUUGCGCAGCUGCAGAAAAGUUGCAGCUCGUGGUGGACUACGAGGAUGGGCUGUGGAGUUCUGCUGAGAAUUCUGCUGGUCUUUUUAUGGAUGAAGCCCACGGACGUUGUCUCAAACACAGUGUUACAGUGCCCAGAUACCUCAGUGGACGGAGAAAUCGGCAAGACAGUGAUUCUACGGUGUUUGACGGAGCCCCAGAUGAAUGUCAAUGACAUGACAGUGGAAUGGGUUGUUAAUGACACAGAUGACCAUGUUCAUGCACAACGCGGAGGAAAACAGAAACUUGAUGAUCAGAUGAAGGAGUACAAAGGAAGAACAUCUCUCUUCGACAACAAACUUUCUGAAGGGAACUGUUCACUGCGCCUCACAGUACAGAUGUCUGAUAGUGGGAGUUAUCACUGCUCUGUUAUUGGAGAAGAAAUUCUCUCCUGUUUUAUGUACCUCACCGUCCAUGAACGUGUAGAAAUCGACUCUUCUGGACUCAUUAACAAGCCUCGUGAUACCAGCUCUUCAGGCUCAGGACAGACAGGUGGUGAUGGCAAGACUGGCAAUGACACCUCUACACCUUUUCCAGUUGUUGCCAUCAGUGUCGCUGGCGUCAUCCCCAUCAUCAUCGCCAUCAUCAUCAUCAUCGUCGUCUUCGCUGUGGUGAUCUGGAAAUGUAAAAAGUCCAGAAAAGAACAGAACAACCAAAACAUGAAUGAAGAAGAGAUGAGAAGGAUUGCGUACCCAAACGCUCCAGGAGAUGGAGACAGAUGACUCGAAAGGACUUGGCUUUAAUUCAGUAUUAAAGGCACGCUAAGCACCACUGGUUUACGUUUACGUUCAACAAUGUUAUCAAACACCCUGGACCCAAAUGUUUUUGUUGCCAUGUGCGGAGCCUGGGCUGCCUACACAGACCAGACUUUUUCACAGCAUAUUCAGAGGACAUGGUGAUCGUGAGGAGAUGUUUGCUGUAUGGGACAUAUGACUCGACUUGACUUGCUUGAUUCUCACCACAACUAACUUGGGACUUGCUUGAGACUUGAAGGUAAAGACUUGAGACUUGCUUGUGACUUGCACAUGUGUGACUUUCCCCCAUGUCUGGCAGGAACACCUGAAGUAUUUUUCUAUGGGCAACAAGGGGCUUAGCGAAUAAAUAUGGUGCAGAGAAAUAAGACAUGGUCACAGCCAAGCAUAAAGUCAACAGUGAGGAUCGCUGCUUUUAGGAGUGGUGGAAAGUUAAAUACAAAUUUACUGAAAGAUGAAACAGUUGCGUUUGUCUUGUUUGUUAAUGAUUAUUUUUUUCCGAUAACCUGUUUAAUGCGAGAAGCAGCUGGCCCCCACGUAUUUUCAUAUCAUCUAAUCAGGCCCCCCUGCCCAAACCUAAACCUAAUUCUAACCUGAACCUUAAAAACAAAUCUUAACCCUUGAACAGGCCUUUAAAAAAGUAAGG